GGAGAUAAAAAUUAAACACAAGUCCUAAAAAGGGACAUCAGUGAAAUUAAACAGAAUAUAUUCUUCAUAAAAAUUGAGGAAAGGGAUAAAAUGUAGGGUACUUGCUGAGUCUGUCGGGUUAAAAGCUCUCCAGAUACUUCCCGCCAAUGUUCUCUCCUUUCCUUGAAUUUCCGCUAAAGAAAUUUGAAUCAAAUACCUAGAGCUAGCGUUAAUAGCAGCUCAAUUCCACGCCAAUACCUAAAAACUCCAAUUCUACUCACAAUUCACAAAACCCUAGCCUUUGUUAUAGCAUUUCAUCACUGCAACUAUGCCGACAAUUGAGGAAAAAGUAGUAAAAUUGGAAAACGAUGUAUCGUCACCUACUAGUAAUUCAUUUAUUGAACCCUUCUUCAGCAUUGGUUCUGAAGUCGAAGUCAGCACAGAAGAAAAAGGGUACAGUGGAGCUUGGUAUGAAGCCACUAUAAUCGCACCACCAAAGUCCACAACUCCGGCUUCGAACAACAGUGAUUCGUCUAAUAAAAGCAAAAGAAAAAAAUGGGGUUAUUGGGUUGAGUAUAAGCAUUUAUUAGAUGACAAAGAUGGAUCGACACCUCUACGUGAGUACAUUAGAAAACGGUCCAUUUUACGGCCUGCCCCGCCAAAUUGGAUGGAGGAUGAGCGCCUGUGUUUUCGCGUGACCGACGUUGUUGAUGCAUUUCAUCUUGCAGGGUGGUGGACUGGAGUUGUUGUUCGUGUUGUUGGUACUGGUACUGGUAGUAUAGGUUGCAAGUUCCGGGUCGCUUUCAAGGAUCCGGAUGAGGAGCUCGAGUUUUCUCAGCGUGACCUGAGGUUCCAUCUUGAUUGGGUUGAUGGAAAUUGGAAACGGGCCGUCACGUCACACCAAAAUACGGCUCUUCAAGAUGGAAUUGCAACUGCUGCAAAGGAUCAGACCAACAAGGGGAUAUCGGAUGCUAAAAAGAAUCUGGAGAUUUCUGAAUCUAGAAGUGAUGUAGUACAGCCUUUGAAGAAGUUAAAAACUAAAAGAAAUGUUGUGGAAGCAUUGGAGAAUCAACAUUUUCCUGGGCCUUUGGUCUCUUGGAAGGUACUCACUAGGAGGGCAAGAAAAGUUGGUUCAGUAAAUAAUCAAUCAAGUCAUGCCAUGGAAGAAAAUGUAGAUUGUUCACUAGCUGGGAUCGCACAUUCUACCGAUAUUGACUGCAGUAAACAAGGAGAUGUUGAAAAGAUUGUCGACAGAGGGCUGAAUGAAGAAGAUUUUGGGACUGUGGAUGUGGGAAUCCUAGCGGCUAAAAAUCCCGGUGUCCAUUCUCUCAAGCGCACUGGAGAUAAGGAUGGGGAGAUAAGUGAUCCAAAAGUUCAGACGGUUGAGGAGAGCAGCAAAGAAAGUACUAAGAAUCUGUCUGACCAUGGAUCAUUGACAGUGCUACAAGGUGUGGAGACGCAAGUACCUGGGAGCACUCUCCAUGACACGGUCAACGAAACAAAUGCAAUAAAUCAAAUUAAGCAGACUUCAACUGAUGAGAUAAGUAUUUCUGCAGGAGCUUCUCCUACAGCAGUCCAGCCAUGUACUGGAACCAGUCCUCUGCAAUCUGAUGAAUGGCCAGAUGCUGCUCUUAGUUCCAUCACUGAGCCGAGUCCGGCACUGCCAUUUCAGAAAAAAUCCACUGUUUGGAGAUCACUUGAAUCUAUGGAAAUAUUUACAAAAAUUCCACAAAAUCCACAUUUCUCACCUUUAGCAGAACAUGAGGAGGAGAAACGAGAAGAGCUAGCUCUGCAAAAGAUGCUAAAGUAUGCCUUCCUUGGUGAUAAGAUAUCAAAAUUAACCAUUGCUGAUCUUAAAAAUUCAAUGGUCAUCAAUGACAUUCUGACAUCUCUUGAGGACUUGGAGGAGUGUGGAUUUGAUGUUAUGCAGAUUAAAUGUCCAUUGGACGAUCUACUAUUGAACAGUGAGAGGCAAAUUCAAUUCGAAAACAAUUUGGAUGAAAUAAAGGGCAGAAUCAGAGACUGCAUUCUUGAGAGAGCAGAAGCUGAAAAAGAGAUCAGCAAGAUUGCUAUGAAGCUAAAUGAGCUGGAGAAAGAACUUAUGUUUGCCAAGAACAUGAAAGAGACGAAGGAUCAAGAGAUUAUUGUAUUGAGAUCUAAAGAGACUGCCAUUUCUGACGAAAUACGUCAAUUUCAACUUGACUUUGAAGGGGCAUCAGCUUCGUUGAAGCAAACCUUCUGCUGAGCAAUGCUCUGUACAACUUAAGUAUGAACGAACUCUGGUUUUUGUUGAUCUGCUCACCAGAAAUACCACAGUAAAAGUUUUUGAACAUUUGA